AUGGCGGAGGAGGCGGAGAGAGGGCGUCCGACGGAGGUGAUGAGGCAGGGGACAGCGUUUUUUCCUCUCUUUGUCGGUGUGGUUCGCGACGUCGACACAGUGGCGGAUCCGGUGCGGCUCGUCAUCUUCAACCCGAUCGCUCGCGGGAUUGUCGUCCUCCCGGGCGAUCCGGGGGUGAUAUCCACUCUGAUGUCUUCAGAUCCGGCGACCGACGGUCCCUCGCCAGCGUCCAAGGCGUCGAUCGAGGCCCUUAGGGUUGUGGAUCUGGAGGAAAACGGCGGUGCGGAGGAGGAGUGCUCGGUGUGCCUGGACGGUUUGUGGAGACGCGAGGCUGCGCCGCCUGUGGAGAAGGUGGUGAGGGAGAUGCCGUGCGGGCAUCGAUUCCACAGUGGGUGCGUCGAGAAGUGGCUAGGGAUGCACGGAUCGUGUCCGCUCUGCAGGUAUCUGAUGCCGGUGGCGGAAGAGGAGCCGAAGAAGGUCGUAGGAGAUGAGAGGGCAAGAGCCAGAGAGUUGGUUGUGACCAUAGCAUUUGAACGAAGGGAAGGAGAUGCUAGUCAACAGCAGCAACAGCAAGAACAGAGGGAAGCUGAAUGA